AUGUGGCCCUGGGACGAUUUUGGCGAGUUGUCGGGCUCUGAGGACCAAGUUCCAUCAGGUACGCGCUUGGAUGAUUCUGGGGGGUUGGAUAUUGACACAAUGUCUAAAGAGGCCUAUGAUAAUGAUGCCGUCACUGCCGAUAUCAAUCAACUUCAACAGACAAUCAUCAAAGUCGAAAAAGAGACGGAGUGUCUACGUCAAGACCUCAUUUGCGCGGCCGAAAGAGAUAAACGACAAGAGGAGCUGCUGGAAGAGUCCCGUAAACUUGCAAAUAAUGCCAUCAAGGACAACAAGAUCCUACUGUUCAAAGUGGCCACUCUUCAGAAAUGGGCAGACGACCUUGUUGACAACGACGCAAAAGAGAAAAUGCGUCUCUUGUAUCAGUAUCUCGACGCCUGGGUGAGAAGACACUUUGGCCAAUCGUACAGCAACGAUAUGACUGUUUGUCUAGCACCUGAAGAAGAUGGAAUGGGUGAAGAUGAUAACCAGCCGCCGACCAUUUACGACAUUCAAGCGGAAGUUACCCGACUGAUUUUCCAGUCGACUUGGACUCGGUUCAUGAUUGGCUUCGAGGGCGCUUUUUGGAACCAUCAACUGCGGGAACUUGACACGGAGAUACAAAAGCUUUGCCCAACCCAUGUCCGACACCACUGGCGCUCGGCUACAAGCAUGACAGGAGAAUCACUUUCAGAGCAGUCCCUGGGAGAAGAUUGUCAUCGGAUUGUCGACUCUAUAGAGGUACAAUUUGCCCAGUACUCCACGACAGACAAGACCAAGCGAACCCAACAACUCCGAAGGUUUCUCUGGCAAUGCUUUGAGUUCAAGGGCCGGCUUGAGCGUCAGGAGCAUGUCUAUUGCUUUUGGUGCAGUCAAUUCGGAAUGCCGUUUCGUGCCACAGACAUGCAUAACUCCACUGGCCGGACAGGAUCAAAAGAUACAGAGGUGGUUGAAAGAAGUCUGUGGCCUCGACUUUACAAAGUUCUACCGUCUCAGCAGUGGUCGUUGCUGGAGAAGGAGGUCGUACGGACCAUGCAAAAGAUCCAGAAGCCGGUUGCUACGGAAGAAACCACUCCUAAUGGUGAAGAUUAA